AUGAACCCCCAUUUUCCGUUUGUUUUGGUGCCUCCGAUACCAAUAGAGAUGCUGAAUUGCCAAAAACCGGCUGUCUGCUUGGCGGUUCUGGCUGUAGCCUCCUUUGACAACGCCACCACGCAGCAGAUGCUUGGAGAGCUUUUCAACAAAUUGGUUACCCUUCGGAUGAUGGAUGGCAAUUUUGCGUCUCUCGAGAUGCUUCAAGGGCUCCUGAUUUUCUUAGCAUGGGCACAAUAUCAACCACGACCAAAACGGUAUUCGCAACACUUGGGUCUAGCCGUCAGUAUCAUAUCCGAUUUGAGAAUGGAUCGACCAAAGAAUACGAAAUUAUGGGGAUUAGAUUCUAAGAACGAGGAUAGUGUCCACGACUGGACGCCAGAUGAGGUCAGGGCGGUUGCUGGAACGUACUAUUUGGCAUCCAGUACGUCUGUUCUUUUGCAGAAAUCUCGAAGUUUUGGGUACAGGCCUUACUACUUACAACGAUGUGAGGCGCUGAGCGCCUUGCAAUUGGAGCCCUCGGACAAAUAUUUGUCUCUAAUUAUUCGGAUGCAACGAAUGAUCGAGGCAAUCAGUGAUACUAUGGCUGGGGAGCCCGAAUCCAGUUAUUUACCACCGCCGGGAUUAAGGAUAGAAGAACUGGCAAAUGAGUUGACAACGGUGAAGGCAGCUAUAUCCUUCCCGCUGAGCGAAAAUCGAAUUUUGUCACUGCAAGUACACAUAGCGGAGCUGCUCCUCGGCCAGUCAGGACCAGGCGAAAGCCUUUUCGGACUUGACAAGCUCCAGGAAGGUCGUGUUUCCUACGACAACCCUCAUGAAUUCCUACAGUGGUUGUCAGGUAGUAUCUUCGCCGUGAAGUCCAUAGUCAAUAUCUCUCUUGCACUUCCUGUAGGAGACGAGGCCAUAAUCACGAAUAUGGAGUGGAUUGCACUCUAUUGCGGACUUUCUCUUGCAACAAGGCUAGAUAUUGUGGCAACACAUCCAAACAUUUGCCAACAGACGAAGCAGCUGAGGCAGUUUACCGAUAUGGCUCACGUUUUGCGCCAAACAAUACUGCGAUUGGAGUCGGCUUCAGUUUCGAUUAAGGAUCCCGGUGGUGAGAACAAUGUGUUUUUGCACCUCGCAAAACGAGCAAAGUUCUUGGAAACCUGGUACCUUGGCCGACUAGCGCAGUAUGCAACCACUACAAGUAGAAUCAACUCGUCGGCUAUAAGAGACUACGCGCCAACUUUGGAUCCAAAUAUGGGCUGCUUGGACACGGAGACGAAUAGUGGAACUAAUGGCCACCAUAUUUCGGACAUGCUUGCAAGUCUGCAGGCAGAAUAUGAUUUUGGCAGCUUUACUUUUGCACUGCCCGGCCCUUUUGAUCUCUAA